AACGGCGAUGAUUCCAACCAGUAGCUUUGGAAACCUCGUUCAUCUCUCUGUGUGUUUCUAUUGAUUUUUUAAACAAAAAUAUCUGUGAAAAUAUGAUUUAAUUAUCCCGUCUUUAGUUACUAACAAAUCGAGUAAACUAUUAGUUUAUUAGCUAUUGUAAAUGAAUAGUGUGAGAAUGGAACUGAUAUCGUUCGAUUUAAGUGUUGAAGCUUUGAUUGGUUCUCUGUUUGCCCUGUUUGCAUUGGGUGCAUUUUGCCGUAGUCUGUUGAUUGAAGAUGUUAUAUGCAUUCCUGGCAAAAGUAAACAUGGAUGGAAGUCGAUUAAAAUACUCGAUCGGGCCUGUUAUUGCAAUGUUUGUGAGAUACUCUUAACCCCAUCGGCUGGGGUAUUUUGUGACUGUUGUGGCAUUUGCUCGCACGCCUCCCGCCCUUGCACACGCAAAGCCGAUAAGCUUUUCAAAUGCAAAGAAAAGUGGAUACAUAAUGAGAAGACUAUGCGUCAUCUGUGGGUCAAAGGUAAUCUGCCUUUGAGCGCUGUAUGCGACGAGUGUGGCGAAGAUGUUGAAGAAGUUGGCCUAAGCGGUUGGCGUUGUGCCUGGUGCCAAAGAUGCUAUCACACUAGCUGUUACAAACGUAUCGAUCCGAAGGGAGAAUGUGAUUUGGGAGAGUUCAGUGAUAUGAUCUUCCCGCCGUAUACAAUUGUGGCGGCCAGAACGAGAGAGUCUGUACGUUUACAUUUGGCUGGUAUUAAUCCACCGGAUAUUGAAAAUUGGGAGCCUUUGAUUGUUAUAGCCAAUACCAAGUCGGGUAGUAGUACAGGCUCUGAUGUUGUGUCCCUUUUGCGUGGUUAUUUACAUCCUCUACAAGUAAUGGAACUAGGAUCGAGAGGGCCACAAGACGCCAUGCAAUGGGCAGCUAAAGCAAGUCCGAGGCCAUGUCGUAUUCUGGUAGCUGGUGGUGAUGGAACUGUCGGUUGGGUAUUGAAUACCAUGUAUACAUUAAAUAUUAAGCCCCUUCCUGCAGUGUCCAUUAUGCCACUGGGAACUGGUAAUGACUUAUCACGAGUUUUGGGAUGGGGUGCUGAACCACCAUCCACUUUGGAUCCCUUGAAGAUAUUAAGAGAUAUCAAAAGGGCCCGUUCCAUAAAUCUGGAUCGAUUUUCGUUGCAAAUUGAAAAGAGUCAUUAUCGUCUGCCAAUACAAAGACAUCCCAUGAAAACCAUAAAUGUUUACAACUAUUUAAGUCUAGGCGUUGAUGCCUUGGUAACCUAUAACUUCCAUAAAACAAGAGAAUCCAAAUUCUAUGUUUUAAGUAGUCGCAUUUUUAACAAAUUGAUUUAUUUUGGUUUUGGUACCCAACAAAUUGUCCAGCGAGAUUGUGAGGGCUUGGAAAAGAUGCUCGAUUUAUUUUUGGAUAAUCGUUUGGUCGAGCUGCCUGAAUUACAGUCCAUUGUGUUUCUCAAUAUUGAUUCCUGGGGAGCUGGUUGUAAGCUUUGUGAAUUAUGCAACAAUGAUGAUUAUGCACCCAAAAUCAACAAUUCCAUUUGCGAUGGCGCCAUGGAAGUUUUUGGCAUUGUCUCCUCAUUUCACAUAGCCCAAUUGCAAUGUGGUGUCAGCAAACCUGUAAGAAUAGGACAGGCACGACAUAUUAAGAUUGUCCUGAAAAGUGUUUGUGCCAUGCAAGCCGAUGGCGAGCCAUGGAUGCAACAGCCCGCUGAAUUACAUAUUUCCUCACGUGGCCAAGUACGCAUGUUGAAAAAACAGUCUUGAAGUGAUUUUCAAAAGCAUUUCUCUUCGAAACAUCCUUCCCACCACCCACAACUUCAUGAGGCCUGCAUUACAUUGUUUGUGAACAAAAUGGCCUUGGAUUAUUUACUGCAUAUAACUACUAUAACAUAAGCAUUUUUUUCUAUUUAUAAUCUUCUAGAAUCUAUUUCUCUUAUUCUCAAAUACUUAAUACUACAGGUACAGGUUUUUUUGUACUUAAUUUUUAGCCCCAAACGAUUUAGUUAGCUUUUUUAUUUAUUUCUCCCAAAAAAUACAGGACUAUAUUGUUGAUUUAAUAUUAUGUUUUCUUGUACACAAAUGUUUUAACCCUUAACUAUUGUAUUAUUUUUUAUACAUUUACAUAACUACUAAGAGUAUUUAUUAACUCCUUAACCCGAAUUUCCUUUUUAUGAAUCAGAAUCUCUCGGCAUCACAAUUAAUUUAUUUAUAAUUUAGUCUUAAUCCAAUUUUGGAACUCUGUUAUCUACAAACAAAUUCAUUUUGGGGUUUAAACUAAUAAAGAGAAGGUCCAAUAUUAUUGUAGUCAAAAAAUACCAAAUGAGGGUCACUUUUUGUAGAUAACAAAGAUUCAAUGUUUAAAUUAUUUUUUUAUAAUUUGUAGUUAGGAAUGGUUGUUAGUUUUUAAGCAAAUAACAAAUAUUUAUUAAAUUGUUGGUGCAUAUAUAACAAAUAAAAUGUUGAUCAUGAAAAUACUUCGUC